CGCCAUUGUAAUUUCCUUUACUGCAUGGAAACAGCUCGACAGAGGGAUAUAACUCUGUCAGAGCAGACUGUAUGAGUGAUAAAUUUUUUUCAGUAUAUUUUUGAGCCGGCAAAAUUACGUCCAUAAAGGAAGACAUAGAUUCGGGGUCUCCGGAACAGGUUGGUUACUCAGCUGUGAUCUACAUAGACUGUCCUGAGGGGGGCAGUAGCUCCAAACGUAAGUUCAAUUUCAACGCAGAGCCGCCGUGGGACCCCAGCUAACAUUAAGUGACAGCAGGUGUUUCGUCUGGUCAGAUUGUUUGUAUACACUUAUUGGAUUUCUUCCCUUGGACUUGAGAUUUGUGCAAUAUGUAUCAAUCUAUUAUAAAUGGAUGCUCUUUUGAAAUUAUUCCUCCUAGUGAUAUUUGUGACAAGUUUAAUAAAUGUUCUAAAAUAGAGAAGGAGAUCGCUAACCAAGAUGUUGAGGUUAGAGAGGAUGCCUUCUUUAUUGGUGAUCUGGGUGAUAUUAUUCAUAAAUAUGAAACAUGGUGUGAGCUGCUCCCCCGGGUCGAACCUUUCUACGCUGUAAAAUGUAACACAGAUGAUCCUGUAUUACGACUACUAGCUGAAUUAGGAACAUCAUUUGAUUGUGCUAGUAAGAGCGAAAUAGAACAGGUUUUAAGCCUGGGUGUUUCCCCAUCACGCAUUAUAUACGCUAAUCCCUGUAAGCAGAAGUCAUAUAUUCGCCAUGCUGCAAAGCAAAAAGUUAAAAUGAUGACCUUUGAUAAUGAACCAGAGUUGGACAAAAUCAAACUGAUUUAUCCUGAUGCUGAGUUAGUUCUAAGAAUUUUGCCACCAUCAAACUUUAAGGUUCAGUGUGACCUUGGAAUUAAAUUUGGCUGUCAUCCUGAUAAAGCGAUUGAUCUCUAUCAGAAAGCCAAAGAUCUAGGCUUAAAUGUUAUUGGAGUUAGCUUUCAUGUUGGAAGUGGUGCUGAAGAGGCAGAAGCUUUUUAUGCUGCAGUGAAAGAAGCGUAUGGAGUCUUCCAACUGGGUGUUGAAUUUGGUUUUGAUAUGACAAUGUUGGAUGUUGGCGGUGGCUUCCCAGGACAGAAAGAUGCACCUAUAAGUUUUGAAGAGGUUGCAGUUGUCUUAAAUGAUGCCCUAGAUGAAUACUUUCCAGCAGAGAUGGGGAUCCGAAUCAUUGCUGAACCUGGUCGCUAUUUUGUAGCCUCAGCAUUCACUCUGACAGCCAACAUCAUAGCUAAACGCAUGAUAAGUCGAGAUAAAAUCGUAGGAGAUGGAAGUUCUGACCAGUGUGUUAGUGGUAAUGAUGAACCAGCGUAUAUGUAUUAUCUAAAUGAUGGUGUAUAUGGUUCCUUCAAUUGCUUACUGUAUGAUCAUGCUAAAGUUAAGCCAUCAUUACUUCAGGAUAAUGUGUGUGAUGUGAAGUUUACAUCUAGUGUAUGGGGACCAACAUGUGAUGGUAUGGAUUGUAUUCUAGAGGACUGUGUGUUACCAGAGAUGCACGUGGGUGAAUGGAUCUAUUUUGAAGAUAUGGGAGCAUACACCAUGUGUGCCUCCUCUUGUUUCAAUGGAAUGCCUAAGCCCAAAUGUGUUUACUAUUGUGCUGAAGAUGUCUGGUAUAAUUUGUUUCCUGUUGAAGAAGAUUGUGUUUUGGAAAGAAAAGCCAUCUCUCUCCGACCAAUUAAAGACCAUGUCCCAGAGAAUAUUCCCGCUAUUGGCACUAAUCUAUUCAUAGAAGCCCUGAUUGUUGAAGCUUAAAAUAGAGCAUCCUACUAUAGCAGAUAGUUUUAUGUAUAACGCUUUUGUUUUUAUUUUAUCAGAAUGAAGUUUCUUGCAGUAAAUUAUUUUUAUCUUAUCACUGGUAAUAUUUGAAAUCAACUAACAAUCAAAAUUCUAAGACCCAAUACCCAUUUGUAACAUCAGUGAGUGAACGUAAUGUAUGUGGUAUAUAUUAUAUUUAUAUUUGAACAUUUGUUUACCAUGGAAACACUUAAAACCAGAAAUUUCUGUACAUUAUGUAAUUUAACAUUUUUCACAUACUACUACUUGUCUGAGAAAUAACAUUUUUUUUACUAAUCACUGUCGAAUGUGGAAAUCUAUGAAGUAAGGGUAUACAAACAGUAGAAACACCUGCUGAAAAUAAUGACCAGAUUUGAUCAACUUAACUGUUAAAAUAAAAUUCUUUAAAAAUGUCAA